UAUUCUAGUAGUCUAUAUGAUCUAAGCAAAAAAAAAUUCAGCAGUUUAUUUUAGCAAGUUACUGUAAUAUAUUAUUAUUAUUACUACUGAUGCAUUUCUUAAAGUUGACUCAUAUUUCGUAAAAGUUUGAGUUCAACUCUAGCUAUUGGCAUAAAGACUUUGUCGGUGGAUAUUAUGUAGGUGGAUAAUCCUUUGGAACUAUCAAACUUCAUUUUCUCUUGAGGUUUUCAUAUCUUUGAAUUUCUAUUCUGCUUAAGUGGCUGGUUUUUGUUGAUAAUGAUGAACAAUUCUUCAGCACAACCAAUGCAUUAUGAUGACUAUGGAUUUGAUCUCCAACAGGACUUUUCCCUGUUUCUGGCUGAAGCAAAGGAACAUGGACAUGAAUCAAAACUGAAGAGUUCAUCGGUGUACCCUGAAGAAGGAUCUAAGAAAACAGGACCAGAGAAAGUGAGAAAGGGAAAGAAAUCAUGGAAAAGUUCACUGGUUUCAUGGUGGAAAAUUGACAAGAAAAGCAAGGAUAAAGAAACAACCAACAAGAAUUCUAUAGCUAAAGUUUCUGAGAAAAGACAAGGUCAUGUUUCUGGUCCAAUACUUAACUCCUACAAAGGUUAUGAUGGGAAGCAAAAGAAUCCAUUUUCUGGACCUUUAAUAACAAGUUUGUUUAAACCAACAAAGAGAUCAGAAGAGAAUGAGAUACCUUAUAUGACUCUCCAUCAACAAAAUAAUCCUCAUCCUGUUCAAAACUAUGGUCCUCUUUAUGUGGUUACUUAACUCUUCGUAUCGUUUUCUAUGUAGCAUCGACACUUCAGAUUGAAGGUGUGAGUAGUAGACACAGUCAUAAUACUAGCAUAUUUGGUUACAUUCAAUCACUUUUAUUUUCUUAAAUUGUUGCCUAUAGUAUGUGCUAUUGUUCGCGUUGCGUCCUGUUUGUGCUUCAUAAAUCACUGAGAAUGACCUAUUUAAUAUUUGCUACAAAAUUGAGUGCUGAUGUUUUGGCUUUGUUGAGAGACUUUUGCUGACCAAUGUAAUAGAACAAACCUUAGCGAGAUGAAUUUUGUAACUUUUUUAGGUUGAAUAUGAUUGUAUUUGCCAGUCAUUGGAUUUGAUUAA